GUGAAAUGGGUUCACACAGAGCCGUGUUCCUCUCAGAUGUGAAGAUGGGAUUAAUAAUUUGUCUUUUUCUGUUAGGAGUUCUGUUCAUCUGUGACGGGCUCCAUGUGCUCGGCCCCUCUGGUCCACUGAUUGUGGAACUGGGGGGCUCAGUGAUGCUGCCCUGUUAUGUUGAAGCCCCCAUACCACUGGAAGAGCUGGAAGUGGAGUGGAAGAGAACAGACUCUGAAACUUUAGUACAUUUAUUCCAAGAGGGAGAGAGUAAACCAGAUGCUCAGGAUCCGGCUUACAGUGGAAGAGCCAGUUUCUUUACUGAGGAGGUCAAACAUGGAAACUUCUCUCUCCUGCUCACAGAUCUGGUCACUAACGAUGCAGGAGUUUACAACUGUACCGUUUACAGGGAACAGGAAACUGGUCAAACAUCAGUUGAAAUUGAGUAUUUGAUUGUGACUGGAGGUCAUGCUGUAUCUGCGUAUGCACGAGAAGACGUCACUCUGAGUUGCUCUGUAGACUCCCAUAUCCCACCUGAAGAGCUUGAAGAUGUCUCAUGGAAGAAAGUGGAUCAAGACAUUACAGUGCUGGUCUUCCAAGAGGGUGAGGUCCAGACAGAUUUCACCCACGAGAGAUUCAGAGACAGAGUCGAGUUCUUCGGCCCUGAAGAAAUAUUCAAAGGAAACUUCUCACUCAGAAUAAAGACUCUACGAAUGGAGGACAAAGGCUUGUAUAGAUGUGAAGUGCUCUCUGGGGAGAUUUCAGCUCACACAACUGUGGAAAUACAGCCUUUGGGGUGUAACAGUCUUGUCUACAUCUGA